AUGGUUCUUGCAACCAUACAUUCUUCGACGGUGCCCACAACCACCACGAACUAUAAUAAUUACAUCCAAGCAACCAACCAUCACCAUCGUCUCCUCCACUUACUAAACCAGUGCACCUCCAUGUCUCAGCUCAAGCAAAUCCACGCCCAGAUACUCAGAACCACCUCCACCACUAAUCCGCAUACGCUUUUCCUCCACAGUCGAAUUCUCCAUUUCUCAUCUCUCCACGACCUCCACUACGCGUCCUUGUUCUUCCAAACCCAUAUCCAAAACGCAAAUUCUUUCGCUUGGAACACCAUCAUUAGAGCUUGCUCUCGGAGCAACAACCGUAAGCAAGAAGCCAUUUUACUCUACCUCAAAAUGAUAUCAGAAGGAAAUGUUACACCCGAUAAGCACACAUUCCCGUUUGUACUCAAAGCUUGCGCUUAUCUCUUUGCUAUUUCCGAGGGCAAACAGUUACACGCCCAUAUCUUCAAACUUGGACUCGCGUCAGAUGUAUAUAUCAACAACAGUCUAAUCCAUUUUUACGGAUCAUGUGGAAGCUUGGAGGAUGCACGAGACGUGUUCGAUGAAAUGCCUGAAAGAACUGUGGUUUCCUGGAACGUCAUGAUUGACACCCUUGUACAAUUAAACGAGUUUGAUAAUGCAAUAACAUGUUUUCGUAACAUGCAAGAAUGUUUCAAACCAGAUAGUUUCACAAUCCAGAGCAUCUUACGUGCUUGUGCUGGAUUGGGAGCUUUAUCACUCGGACUCUGGGCCCAUACAUAUAUCUUAAAAAGAUGCAACAUUGAAGUAGCUAACGAUGUUUUAGUCAAUAAUUGUCUUCUAGAUAUGUAUUUCAAAUGUGGGUCAUUAGAAGAUGCUAAAACGGUGUUCAAAAAAAUGACAAAACAUGAUGUAACAUCAUGGAACACAAUGAUUCUCGGAUUCGCAAUGCACGGGGUAGUGAAAUCAGCUUUAGACUAUUUCAAACAAAUGGUUGAAGAAGAAAGAAUAAUCCCUAACUCCAUUACAUUUAGUGGGGUUUUAAGUGCUUGUAGACAUAGUGGAAUGGUCAACGAGGGUCAAACCUAUUUCACCAUUAUGACAACAAAGUAUGGGAUUGAGCCAGUUUUGGAGCAUUACGGGUGUUUGGUUGACCUUCUGGCUAGAUCCGGACUCAUUGCUGAGGCACUAGAUGUGGUUUCCAAAAUGGUAAUUAAACCCGAUGUGGUGAUUUGGAGGAGUAUUCUUGAUGCUUGUUCGAAGAAAAAUGUGGGAAUUGAAGUUAGUGAAGAAAUGGGAAGAAAGAUUAUGGAGUGUGAAGAAGGGGAGAAGUUUAGUGGUGUUUAUGUGCUUUUAUCAAGAGUUUAUGCAGUGGCUUGUAAGUGGGAUGAGGUUCAUUCGGUGUGGAAGAUGAUGGCUGAUAAGGGUGUAAUCAAGGAGCCUGGGUGUAGUACUAUUGAGAUAGAUGGUGUUAGUCAUGAGUUUUUUUCAGAUUUUGCCGUUCGUCGGAACUCGUAG